AUGUCAAAUUCAGGUGUAAGGUUUUGUCUUACCAUACCAAAAUCUUUAAAACACCAAAACUAUGCUAAUGAUAUUUAUCAAAUACGUGUUGUCCACAAAUUGAUUGAUUGUUUUAAAAUUUCUCUAAUGGAAAAUCGUUUAAUGUCUGCUUUUAAUUCAAGUGAUAAUGAACAAUUGAAUAUUGAAUGUGGUCACUUGCCAACAUUUACACCAUGUUGUACAUUGAAUGAAAUAUCAAAAAAUGAUGUAUCUUAUAAUUGUAUUCACUCUACACACUUUGUAUUAAUAUAUAUACCCAAGUUGUGGCUUAAACAAUGUACUUCAUUGCUAAGACCAGACUUAUCAAUUAAUAAACAAGAGCUCAAUGUUUGUAUUGAAAAGUUAACUAAUGGACAAACUGCUUGGCUUGCUGAAUUGGCUAUUCGUAGUUUAAUCUUAUCCAAAGUACAAGUGGAAAGUUUAAUAAAUGAUUUAAAUUUACCGCUAGAAUUAAUGGAUACUGUUGAUGAAUUGAUAUCGUUGAAUCGUCCUGCUUUAUUCAUCUUAGAGUGUUUAGGAUUAACUGUUGAUUUAAUAAGAAGUCAUGAUAAAGUGGAGAGAAGAUCUAUAUGGAAAGAUUAUUUUACUACUGUACACUUAUUUCCAAAUUCUGAAAAAUUACGACAAUAUUUUGGUGAUUCAAUUGGAUUCUAUUUCGUAUGGAUGAAAUUGUAUUGUAUCUAUUUAAUAUGUCCAUUAAUUGCUGGAUUGUUUUGUCAAAUAUUCAAUUAUUUAAAUGAACAAUUAUUUAAUGAUAACCAAAUAUCUUUAUGCAUCCAUAUGAUCUAUUCAAUAUUUAUGAUUCUAUGGGCUAUUAUCUGUACUAAACUAUGGCAACGUGAAUAUCUUUCAUGUGUUGAUCGAUGGUCUGGGAAUGCUUUAAUCGAAUUAGCUGCAAAUGAUUUGGUAUGGUUAUUUAAUUUAAUUGAUCAAAGACCAAAUUUUCAUGGUAUUUGGAGACAGAGUCGUGUUACCGGUUUAAUGGAAUUACAUUAUCCAGCAUGUAAACGUCGUUUACGUUAUUUAACAUCUGGUUUCAUUACAUUGGUAUGUUUACUUUGGGCGAUAUUUGUCAAUAUUACACUGUUGAAUAUAGAAGGUUUUAUUGUUGCAGAGAAGUCAUCAUGGUUUCAUAUUGAAUGUGUUAGUCAGUUUGCAGAACCAGGUGCAAUAUUUGAUUCAACCGGUGAUGGGAUAUUACCUUUUCUUCCUGGAGUUUUGCAUUCUUUAAUAAUUUUCAUUAUGAAUCAAAUGAUUUUUCGAAUAAUUGCUGAACAUUUAACUGAAUGGGAAAAUCAUGCCACCAAUGAAGCAUAUGAACGUGCAUUGAUUAUAAAACGUUUUUUAUUCGAAUUAGUUGAUGCGUAUGGAGGUUUGGCGUAUUUAGGCUUUAUUCUAGCUGAUCGUAUUGCUCUACGCUCUCUUCUAUUGACCAUGUUUGCUACAGACUCAGUAAGACGUUUAACACUUGAAUGUAUAAUACCCUAUCUACUCUAUCGAUUUCGUGCAUGGAAAGAGAAACAAUCAAUUGGUGCAUUGAAACGUUCCACUGAUGACGCCUCCUCAUCAGCCUAUCAACAGAUGCGUGUUGCACGUGAAUUAUGCGCAGAUGUCUAUGAAUCAUUUGAUGAUUAUUUAGAAAUGGUAUUACAACAUGGUUAUCUUGUCCUCUUUGCUUAUUCAUCACCAUUGUUUAUUACAAUUUUGGCAAUUUUAUGCACAUUUUUUGAAGUACAUUUUGAUGUUUUUAAACUAUUCUGGGUAACACAAUGUCCGAAAUCGAAUCUAUUACUCAGAGGACAAUCAAUUUGGUUAUUAUUGUUAGGUAUACAAGCUUGGUUAUCUGUAUUAACAAAUGCUGGUCUUAUAAUAUCUGAAAUUGAUCAAUUAGGAAUAUUAACUACACUUUCAACGGGCACAAUUUUUCUUAUAUUUGAACAUUGUCUCAUUUUUAUUGCAUUGUGUAUACACUUUCUUAUAUCAGAUAUACCAGCUAGUGUUCGUGAUGCUAGAUUGGCUAGAGAUUUUGCUAGAGUAUGUUUAUUACAUCAUAGAGAAAGGGUAAAAACAGUAAAAAGUGUAAUGUAG